AUGAAGGUUGACAGGGAGGAAGAAGAGGCAAACGCCAGUCUCAUGGCGCAGGAGGCGGUGGCAGAUACUAGCCUUGUAACACAGGGAGAGGAGAACACCGGCCACAUUGUACUGAGAGGGGAAGAGGAGGAAACAACGGAGAAAGAGGGGUGUUCCUGCAUUGCGAAGGAAAAAGAGGCCGGAGGGGAAUCGGGCAAUCCCCCGAAUACCAACAAUGCAGGAAAGGGAGAAAGCACAGCCCAGGCAGAGACCAAGGAGCAGCUCGACUGCGCAGUACCAUCUACAGCCCAGAUGGAGGUCGAGGAGGUAGUGGAGGGAUCAUCAACGGCGAGCGCAGCACUCCCGCCCAGGAAAAGGAAGAAGGAGGAAUCCACAUCCCCAGGAGAAGAAAAGCGGGAAGGACACAGGUCGGAGGAAGAGGAGAUCCGGCCAGGACCUAUGAGCCGAAAGAUGAAGGUGACCGCCAGACCGCAGAUUAUCUCUGACGAAUCUGAUCUGGAGAUGAUCGAGCCGAAGAGAACCACCAGAGCAGGGAAAGUAGCCCUCCCCUCUACAUCAGGGAAGGCCAAUUACAGGAAGCAAUCGGAAAGUGAGACGGUGUCAACAACCUCGGAUGAAGACUACGUGCCUAAGUCAAGGGCCACCAAGAAGGAUAAAGCGACGGCGCCUAGGAAAAAAAGGAAGGUGGAAGCUAAAGGAAAGAAAAAGAGAGAGCAGGAAUCUAUUAGGGAAAGGGAUAAGGGAGGGAAGUAUAUCGCCACCACCAAGAAAGAGACCCAAGGAAGGAUCCAAGAAAAGGCAAAGGAGGGAAGCGUGUCUGCAGACAACAAAGAGGCCAAGAUAUUGAAAAGCCAAACGCAGAUGAAGGUGGACAACAGGGAAGAGAGCAUGACACUGGGCCCGGCUAGAUACAUUAAAAUGACGGCGGCGGAAGCGGGUGCACUAGCGAUGGAGUGGCUCGACGAGGUGGAAUCUGGUAGAGCCAAAUCAUCAAACAUACAAGGACGUAUCAGCGGCAUGAUGAGAACCAAUGUCAUCAAAGUAAAGGAUCUAAUAAGAGCCCUAAUCGGUAAGGCGGAAGCGACAGGAGACCCCCUAUAUCUAAGGAUGAGAAACGCGGAACUCUCCAUGCAGAUAAAGUAG